CUAAUCCCACCACUAACAUCUUAGUCAUACCGUGUACAUUUUAUCACUUAACCAUAAAAGACACACGGUAAUACCAGAGUCUUGAAAGCGAAUCCAUUAACGACACUCCCUCGACAUCUAAGCUAUUUUCAUGAGGGAAUCUAAUUAGUACUUUUAUGUUUUAUCCUCUGUACCCUUUCUUCCAUUCCAACGUUUACCAUUUCUCCAUUUUCUCAAUUCUAAAUCUUUACCCUCUGAUCAGAUCACCCCUCACUGAACAUAUCCUUCAGAUCUAACCAGCCACUCAAAAACAAUUGGAAAACAAUACUUUCUUCUCUUCUUCUCUGUGUCUCUCGUUUCCUAAUUUUUGGAGAGAGAAGAAAACCGAAAGAAAAAAUUUUUGAGUCUUUGAGCUAAAGUUACUAUUUUUACUGUCAUCCCCAAAGACCCAAAUGGUGGAAGCACAAACAUGGACAACAAGGAGGAUGAGCAACCCAAGAUUGGACUCAACCGCCACUACCAACCACCAGGUGUUGGACAUUCCAGUAACCCCAACUGGUGAUGUUAGAAACGGCCUCUACAGCGUUGGAUCCCAUCUCUCUCCUAAUCUUUUAACAGCUCUGAUCAUUGCUUCAUGGUUCAUGUCCAACAUUGGGGUCCUUUUACUUAACAAGUAUCUCCUCAGCUUUUAUGGCUACCGUUAUCCAAUCUUUCUCACCAUGCUUCAUAUGAUCGCAUGUGCUUGUUACAGUUACGUAGCCAUAAACUUUCUUGAAAUAGUUCCAAGGCAACACAUUUUGUCAAGGAAGCAGUUUUUCAAGAUCUUUGCUUUGAGUGCUAUCUUUUGUUUCUCUGUGGUGUGUGGGAACACUUCUUUAAGGUACAUUCCGGUGUCGUUUAACCAAGCUAUUGGUGCAACGACCCCUUUUUUCACUGCCAUUUUUGCUUUCUUAAUCACUUGCAAGAGGGAAUCUGCUGAGGUUUAUUUCGCACUUUUGCCUGUGGUUUUUGGGAUUGUUUUGGCUAGUAAUAGUGAGCCUUUGUUUAACCUGUUUGGAUUCUUGGUUUGUAUUGGUUCUACUGCUGGUCGUGCUUUGAAAUCUGUGGUUCAAGGGAUCUUGUUAACUAGUGAAGCUGAGAAACUACAUUCCAUGAACUUGUUAUUGUAUAUGGCUCCUAUGGCAGCAAUGAUUUUGUUACCGUUUACUCUAUAUAUUGAAGGGAAUGUUGCAAGAGUCACACUUGAGAAAGCUAGGAGUGAUUCUUUUAUUGUUUUCUUGUUGGUUGGGAAUGCUACGGUGGCCUAUUUGGUGAAUUUGGCAAAUUUUUUGGUUACCAAGCAUACGAGUGCCCUUACUUUGCAGGUUUUGGGUAAUGCCAAAGCUGCAGUGGCAGCGUUUGUGUCGGUUAUGAUCUUUAGGAAUCCGGUGACCGGCAUGGGGAUUACUGGAUUCGCUGUUACGAUUAUGGGAAUUGUGCUUUACAGUGAGGCAAAGAAGAGAUCGAAGGUCACAACACACUGACAAUAAGUUAAAAAAGAAAGGAUAGGAUUCAUUUUGAUUGCCGCAACAGGGGUGGGGCUCUUUUUUCUUUUUCCUUUUUUUAUUAUUCAUUAUAAUUUCUUGCUUUUUUAUUUUUGAUUAGAUUUUAAUGGAGGAAAAAGAAUCAAAGAAGAGAAUUUGGAUAAAAGAAAAUUGUGAUUGGAUUGUAUAGGAACGAUGGUGGAAAAGGAAAAAGGUUAGAUGCUUUUUUCUUUUGUUAUUGGGGUGGUUUAACAGAAUAAAAUUCUUUCAUUUUCCCCUGUUUGUAAUCUUAUACUAUAUGGUUUUGCUGAAUUAAAAUAGACAGAUAGAAGACUCAAUUCAAAUAUUCAAUUUUAUGUGUUAUAGUUGGGAGAAAAAUCUCCCCCACUGCUAUAUGUUGCAUUAUUGACUUCAUUCUUCUGUUCA